CGCCAGAGAGACUGAAAGCAAGCAACUGCUUUUUCUCCCGCAUGGGUUGAGAGAAAUCAAAACCUUCCGAGCUCCUUCCGCCGGGUGUUUCGGAGCAGACCCUGCCUGCUCGGCGGGGUGAUUCCUUCGCAGUGUAUGUGCGCGUUCCUGUGCGUGCGCUGCUGCCACCGCAUAUGUACCCCCAGCUGCCACUUCACUGCGCUCAGUCGCUCCCUCUCCCGCCUCUCUCUCUCUCCCUCUAUUUAUUAUUUACAGAGGAUUACAGUCCCUUUCCCACGCUGCCAUCUAACCGUGCUGCUUCUCUGCCUGCUGCGCGGGGUGACCAGCUGGCUAGCAGGCAAGGAGACAAGGGCUCGUGCCAACUGGAGUCCAGCGAGAACACACUGGGCAACGGAGGGAGUUUCUGCAGGAUUUGCUUUGGGAAUUGCACGGGGUUCGCUGGAAGAGCUGGCUCAGAGGAGGGUCCAUCCGAGCCCGAGAACAGAUCUGACAGGCAGGCUGCAAGGUCAUUCCUCCACCCCCUGGGGCCGUGUGCCAGGCUGGCUGGUGGAUGUGAAGACACGCUGGAGAAGACAACAAUGCUGCCUAUGAGUGCUGGCCACCGGUGGAGGAGCAGCUUCCCCAUGAGGUGGCGAGAGGCUUGCCUGCUUGGCUGUUGGCUGUCACUAUGUGCUGCAGAGUCCUUCUUUGCUUGCCCUUCCUCCUGCAAGUGUAACAGUGGUAAUUUGGAAGUGGACUGCAGCGGCUUGGGCCUCUCUGCCAUCCCCUCAGACAUCCCCACAAACACCAGGACCUUCCUUUUUCUCAAUAACAAACUCAGCAUCCUGCCAGGACCAGUGUUUUCCAAUCUCUCUGCCCUACAGAGGUUGGACCUAUCCAACAACUUCUUGGACCAGCUCCCUCAGAACAUCUUCAGUGACCUGGGAAACCUCACGGAGCUCCAGCUGAGGAACAACAGCAUCAGGGCGUUGGACAAGGACCUGCUCCAGCACACGGCCCUGCUGCGCCAGCUGGACCUCUCCAUCAAUGGCCUGGCCCAGAUACCCUCGGGCAUCUUUGAUGACCUGCCUGCCCUCCGCUCCCUCUCUCUCAGGUCUAAUCGCCUGCAGAGCCUGGAUAGGGUGACCUUUGAACCUUUAACCAGCCUGCAGCAACUCCAAGUUGGGGAUAACCCCUGGGAAUGCGACUGCAAUCUCCGAGACUUCAAGCACUGGAUGGAGUGGUUUUCCUACCGAGGUGGGAAAAUCGACCAGCUGGCAUGUACUCUGCCCAAGGAGCUGAAAGGGAAGGAUAUGCGAAUGGUGCCCAUGGAGAUGUUUAACUACUGCUCACAGCUGGAUGACGAGAACAGCUCUACUGUGCUGGACAAUACCGGUCCACCCUGUACUAAAGGAAGCCCAACUCCUUCCAAAUCUAAAUCGGGCCCAGAACCAGAGGUGGAGCCCAGUGUAGGUUGCCCUCAGAAACAGCGAUACAGGCCUGUGAGCGUGCGCCGGGCUAUUGGCACUGUGAUCAUCGCUGGGGUGGUUUGUGGCAUUGUGUGCAUCAUGAUGGUGGUGGCAGCAGCUUACGGCUGCAUCUACGCAUCCCUCAUGGCCAAGUACCACCGGGAGCUGAAGAAGAGGCAGCCACUCAUGGGUGACACAGAGGGGGAACAUGAAGAGCAAAAACAAAUCUCUUCUGUGGCAUGAAACCCUUCUAGGAAGGCAAAGACAGCAAUGAACAAAGGUACCUGAGAGCUGCCAAGCGUGGGGUCCUCCUGAAAUACAUCUUCCCAGACAGACAGACAGACAGACAGACUGUGCUAUUGCUCCACUCACCCAAGUAGUGCAACAUGCUUCUGGGGGGUCAGGGCACCUGGCUCUAGUUUCUGUUCCUCUGCCCCAGGCCCCUUUUGUGACCUUCCACCCUUGGGCCCUUCCAGGCAAAUAAAGUAGAGUCAGACCUUGAGUGCUUGCUGUGCCUCAUGCCCUUGCACAGACCUUCCCUCAGUUGCCUGCUUUGGCAGCAGCUGGCAUCUUCUGGGAAGCCCUGUCAUCCCCUCAGCUUCAGGACUGAGUCCUCCUGUGUCCUGCCCAGAGCUCUCUGCAGAGAGAACAGCUCUGUGAAAGCUCAUAUGAGGAACAGGACACCAAGCAAGUGUCCAUGCCUCACUGUUAGGGUCACUGCUGUUGCGUGACAGCAACUUGCUCCUCACCUGACAAGUCAGUGUGGUCGAGGGCACAUUAGAAAGGAUGGAAAGUCCCUAGGAGAUGACCACUGUCUGAGGGAGAUUCUCCUUCUCACUUUUAGAGGUCUCCAACACUGCCUGGGAGCAAAAAGUCCCUCUUUUUGCUCCUGGCCAAGGACAAGUCUACAAGCUGACAUAUGCGUCAUCCUUUAUAGGCACCCAGAGACAGAGCCAUGCUCCUGUACACACAUACACACACACACACACACCCACACACACACAUUGACUCAUUCUGAUCCCAACACACAUACACAGACUCCCGCUCCAUACAUCCAGGCACCCCAUCUGUGCAUGGAGAACCACAUGUGCACAAACUGAUCUGCCCUGUGCAUGCAGCCAUGAACACAUUUAGCCACUCUAACUUGUUUUUAUUAUGAUAGUGCAUAGCACCUUCUGGUUCAGAGAAAAUUCAUGAACCCUGCCACUGAGGAGCUAACAAAAACAUCUUGGCCAUAGUGCAGAGCUAGUGGGAAGGAGCAGAAGAGGAUAGAGAAAGGCAAUUUUAUUAAGGUUAUAGCAUGAGUCAGCAAAGAUGAGUACAGAGCAUGACAAAAGGUGUGUUUUUGUUAUCUAUUUUAUGUUUUCUAUGAUAAAUGGAGAGGGUGAAUGAUACAAAGCCUCCAUCUGCAAGUGUUAGAAGGGCAGAGAGCAAAAGUGGGUCAUCAGGAAAGACAUAAAGGAGAACGUGGCUCACCAGCCUAAGUAGUGCAAGCCAUGCUGAGAGGUGGUGUGGCCUAAGGGGGAAGUGGGGGCGGAAGAAAACAAACAGCCUGAGAGAUGGCUGGCGUUGCUGGCAGAGGGGCAAGCAUGGUGCAUGGAGUAGGACAAUGUGGCUGGGGUGACUGCAGAAAGGGGGCACAAUUCUGGAGGGUCUUGAGGUGAGGGCAAAAAUCUGGACCACAGCGUGGCACAGGAAGGAGAGCCCACAUGACGUGGCACACAGCACGGCGCACAUACGCCCACCUCACAACCACUACUAUGUUCACCACCAUCCGCAGCUGCACAUGAGCGUGCCCAUACACGCAGCUGCACAUAUUGCCACUGUCAUGUAGGUUAAUUUUCCCCAAGCAGAUUUUAAAGCCCUCAGAUUGCAGUGCCUCAUAUUAGUCUCAGCUCUUUUCAACCUGACAGGAAAAAAAUAAAAGUGAGAGCGGAAAAAAAAAAA